ACACACUUCGCGAAAAAUGUCAGAAUGGCCGAGACGGACGACGAGCCGAGGGGGUUGAGCGGAAUCAACCCCGAAUGCGAGGUUAAACGUCGUAAAAUUGACGCGUCAAAAUCAAAAAACGUUCUACGAAAUAAGGCUUUUCUCACGUUGACCAAGAAGAAGGGCAGGGAUAUCGUCGUAAAUAAUAAAACUCCCUUCAAGGUACAAUUGUACAAGUGCGAGAAACUUUUGGAUAAAGGCGCAUCAGAGCUGAUCAUUCAUGGUCUUGGAGCUACUGUGUUUAAAGCAGUCAACUUGGCAUUGCAAUUAAAGGAAAUUCAUCAUGGAACCUUAGAUCUUGAUAUAAAAACUUCUACCAUAGAGCUAUGUGAUAAAAUAAAGACACAAACAAACAACAACACAGACUCUGAAAGAAAGAGACAGACCUCUGGUAUACAUAUACGUGUUUUUAGAAAAUUGCCAUUUGCUACACUGAGAUCUAUGCAAGCAAAGACAAACUGAUUCCGACUCUAUAAAACUAUGCAUUUGAGUUUAAAUUAUACUAUACACAUAUUGCUAUAUCCUA